GGUUUCAUUUCUCGGCUGGAUUCAGUUCCGUUCGGCCCUGUUUUGGUUCUGUGUUGGGCUCUAACUUGGUGCUGUGGCAGCGAAGAUCUCUCCAAACUCUGGAAUGUGACUAACCUUGACGGGUUGUUGUUGCGAACAGACAGGCUGGACGUAUUUUCUCAUGCUCAGGGCGGACUGCCAGGUGCAGAACACAGACUUAUCGGCUUAAAACUGAAAAGAUGAAAACCAAGAGGGACGACAUCAUUUUUCAGACUCUCCUCUUGAUCCACAUCCCUGUGGCCUGCUUCUUCACUGCAGUGUCAUGUCAGGCUGAGAGCAGCAGCAGCAUAGUUGUGGCAGGUUAUAAUGUGAGCUCCCCUGCUGGUUCGAAGCUGGUGCUGCAGUGUGUGAGCAGCCGGAUGGUGUGGACCAGGGACAGGGUGAGAGACAGGCAGAGGGUAAUCCACUGGGAUAUGUACAGGGCUUAUCCGGACUACGCCAUGGAGAGGGUGCUGGACAUGUUCUCGGCAGGAGAACAGAGGAUGUACAACUCCUACAAUCUGGGCAGGGUUGGUCUCAACCCGACAGCCUUCAAAGAUGGAAACUUCUCCCUGGUUAUCAAAAAUGUGACGAUGAAUGACCGAGGUCUGUACUCCUGCAACCUCCACCAUCUCUACUGCAACCUCUAUGAGACAAUCAGAGUCCAGCUCAAUGUCACUAAAUCACGUCGUAAAGUACAGCGAUACUGGGAUGGGCAUAAGGCCGUGUACAUGGUGCUGCUCGGGAGCACUGCGGUGCUGCCGUGCAUCAACCGACGUAGUGUGUGGACAGACUGGAGCGACGAGGAGGAGGAUCAGCAGGUGGUUCACUGGGACCGUCAGGCUCCAGGAAUUCCCCAUGACCGAGCUGACCGGCUUGUGGACCUGUACGCCUCUGGGGAGCACCGGAGCUAUGGACCUCUGUUCCUUCAGAGGAAGAUGAACAUCAGCAAUCAAGCCUUCUCUGAAGGAGACUUCUCACUCACCAUAUCUGACCUGCAGCCAACAGACCAGGGGCUGUAUUCCUGUCACCUCCACCAUCAUUACUGUGGUCUCCAUGAGAGAAGAGUAUUUCAGGUCACAGUGGAGCCUUCGCUGGUUAAGCCAACAAUGCCAGCUAAAGCACUGCCCAGUGAAGACAAGGAGACAGCUAAGGCUGAAUCACCGCGAGUCAUCACCGUCAUCCUGCCCGAGCAAAGGCACCACUUUCUCCUGCCUCUGGGCUACGUCCUCACCUCCUUCCUGCUCCUGGCGUUCGUUGUCCUCAUCAUCGUCGUCAUCGUACGACGACGCACGACCAAAGAAAUGUAUCCUCAGUCGUAUAUGGGGUCCAGCAGAAGUCAGAGCUGCUCAGAUGAGUUUGAGAUGGAUGUUACUGAGGUGAAUGCGUGCAGCCCGGAGGAGAGAAGAUUCGACUACAAGAACAACCUGCUGAAAGAAAAAGCCCACGUGAAAACUCAGCCAAAAGUCAUUGAUCUCGACAAAGAGAUGCAGAAGUUCUCUAAGUGAAAUAAAAGAAGUUGAACUGGAGUCACUGGCUGGUCCAGAGGCUGCGCUCCAAGCGAAACACCUCCAUCCUGUCUUCUGUCCUGUCAGGAGCGAUGCCGCAGAGAGAAACGCAGUGUUGCAAAAAUCUGUGUUGUGACAUUCAGAAAAAGAACACUGAGGUUUUGUGUCGCCAAAUUGUAGAUAUUAGAUACAAACAGGGCUGUGAAAAAGUAUAUCCCCCUUCCUCAUUUCUUAGUUUGUUUGUGUAUUUGUCACACUUACAUGUUUUAGACCAUCAAACAAAUUUUACUAUUAGACAAAGAUAAUCUGAGUAAAUACAAAAUCCAGUUUUUACAUGGUGAUUUCAUUUAUUAAUUGGUUUUAAAAAAAUAUCCAAAAAUGCACUGGGAUUCCAGUGAGCCAGAGUGAGAGCCAUUAUCCACUAAUGGAGAAAACUUGGACCAGUGCUGAACCUUACUAGGAGUGGCUGGCCCACUAAAAUUCUCAGGGCAACUCCAGGAGUUCACAAAACAACAUUUAAAGAGCUGCAGACCUCACUUUUCUUAGUUAAAGUCAGAGUUCAUGAUUCAACAAUUGGGAAAAAAAUAAUAAGACUGAGCAAAAAUGGCAUCCAUGGGAGUGCUCCAAGGAGAAAACCACUGCUGACUGAAAACAACACAAAGUCUCAUCUCACAUUUGGAAAAUAUUCUGUGGACUAACGAGACAAAAGCUGAACUUUUUGGAAGGUUUCAGUCCCGUUACAUGUCGUGUAAAACUAAAACAGCAUUUCAUAAAGAGAACAUGGUGGUGGCAGUGUUGGCUAAUCGAUGGAACCAUUAAUUCUGCUCUCUACCUAAAAAUCCCGUCUGACCAUCAGUUCAUGUUUUCGCAACAGGACAAUGGUCCAAAACACACCAGCAAGUCCUCUGACUGGUUUAAAAAAGUGUUUUGGAGUGGUCUAGUCAAAGUCAGGACUUAAAUUGGAUUGAGACGCGUGGGCCAAAAUUCCUCCACACUGGUGUCAAAGACUCACCGUCACUGAUCACAAACACUUGAUUGCCUAAUAACUGGUUGUGCCACAAUGAGGGAGAAUACAGGGCCAGGUGGGUUUGGAUCACUUUUUUCGCCCUUACUAAAUAAAAUCAUCAUUUAAAAAUUCAGGUUAUCUUUGUUUGAUGAUCUGAAACAUAUAGCUGUGACAAAUAUGCAAAAAAACGGAAGGAGAAAUGUGUGCACAGAUCGCAGAGAACUGACUCACUUCUGAGUUGAUGAAGAUAAAGUUCCAGCCUGAAUCAUUAUUCCUUUAGUUAAAAAUUUUUUAUGCUGAUUUUGCUCUUCUUGUUUUCCUCCCAAAAGCACCACUGAAGUGUUACCAUAACUCUGCACUGCGUCCAGUAGCCGCUGACUAACUGUAUGCUCACUCACCACCAAGCAGAAUAUGUUUUGUAUCCACGCUCUGCUGCAGAUAUUUUUUUUUAUUGUACACUUGCUUAUUGGACAUCACCCUGCUUCUUUUUUCCUCUGUGAAUGUAGGAGGCGUGUUUCACAGCAGUUUCUCUUACCCUUUGUUGGACUAGUUAAUGAAGAUUUAGUCAUGUUAUAACCAGUGUAGCAACUGUCUCACACAACUUCAAACAGCGCAAUUAAAUCCAAAUCCAAACCAGCUGGUUGAACAACGCUGUUGUAAAUCCUCUGCUGUCGCUGCUGCUCUGUUACUGUGUGAAAACAAAAUAUUGCAUUCAGCCAAGUGGCUCCUGGUGCUGCGAUGUCCCGAAUACUUACAGGCAGGCGUUUUUAUUACAGUUAAAACCACAAAAAAAUCUGGAAGGUGAAAUUUUAUUGUUUCCACGCUGUGUGAGAAUAAUGUUUACCUCACUUUCUAUUUUUGGGUUUCAUCUUCGUUCAUCCCACAAAUAGUGCCCAUUAUGGAAAAGGAAGUCAGAGAGCAGAAGUUCUUAGGCUUUUAAAAACCUCCUGGGUUUCUGCUUUCACUCGUCUGAGCAGAUCUUGUACCCCGGUUUUAUUAUUAUUAUUAUUAAUAUAAUAAUAUUCUGAUGUUGCUUGCUGUAUUUGUAUUUGACGGCAUCAACUUGAUUUCUGUCGUGUGUUGUGCACCCCCUAGCUUGGGAAUGUCUGCAUUAACUACUACACAGUAAAAUCCCAGCAUUACAGUGUCUAAAGACAAAAAGGAGGACGCCAUCCUACUUGCAGUACUGGGUGUGAAUAACACUCCACUCUUUAAAAAAAAAGUAAAAAGAUUGCAGUUACAUCUGCUGUGGCUUUUGCUUUUCUCAGUUACUCAGUUUGCCAUGCUUGAUACUAAUUUAACUACCUAUUGUUGUGUUGUACUGUACUGCUAAUCCAGUAAAAAUGAAAGACAAGAGACUGUG